AUGGACUUAUCAACAACAACAACACAGAUCUUUGGCGAUAAGGAGCUCAAACGAAAACUAAUUCAAUUAGUGAGUUUAGUGAAAAAGAAAAUAAAGACAUUAAAUGAAGGUAAAGCGGAAUUAACGUCCACCUUGCAAGAAACAUUUCAACCGAUCACACAACCCUUAAAUACUCUACUUAAUCAAAUCCAAUCAAAUCCUCGGGUGGAAGCAGCUGAGAUCAAAAAAAGUAUUAAAAAAGAAAAUGUUGACACUAAAAAAGAUCCCACCGAUGAUGAUGAUGAAAAUGACUAUAUAGACGCUAAUAGUGGUGGUGGUGAUGAACGUCAUGGAGCAAAUGCAUCUCAACGGACAAAAGACACUGAAAACACGCGUGAUGCUAUCAAUCCUAUAGCACAAACCUACAUUGAUAGGAUUAUCAUUGAUCAGACUAAAAAAAUACCCUACGGUGUUUAUCUCACUCCAAAUGGUUAUUAUAUAGGCAACAGUACAAUUGAUUUUGGUGUAAACUAG